CUCACUGCCUGUCCCACCCCUCAGCUGGGAUAUGAAAAGCUCUGUCAGCCCCCAGCUUUCCUCAGAAGCCCUCUUGCAAGGCCACGAACAUGAGCCGGCUCUGCCUCUCCAUCGCCCUCCUCGUCCUCCUGGGCACCCUGGUGGCCUGCACCCCAGGGGCUGAACACAAGAGCCGUGCCAGAGACCCACCGCCCGCCUUCUGCCUGGAGCCUCCCUUCAAGGGUCUCUGCAAGGCUAUCCUUAUCAGGUACUUCUACAACGCCACCUCCAGGCUCUGCGAGACCUUCAAAUAUGGCGGGUGUGACGCCAAGCAAAACAACUUCUUGACGUCAGAGGACUGCAUGAGGACCUGCGGUGGUGCCGAAAGGCCCUGGACGCUUAGCAUGGUUCCUGGCACAAAGGAGACGGUCCAUAAAUAUUUGAGGAAGGAAGGAAGGAAUGCAGGAGCACAUUCCUCAUGACUGGAGUGACUGCAGGGCCUGGGAUUUGAAGCAAGUAUCCUAACCCUAACCCUCAUCCUCACUGCAUCCUCACCUUCAUCCCCCACCCCACCAUCACUGCUCUCCUUGUGGGUAUCGUUGGUGGAAUUUCUGGAAUCUAGCUCUGAGAACAGUGAUGGCAGAGGUCUUUCCAUUAAAGAAGUCCCUUUCCCCCACCGCGACGUUGAACAUUUUCCUAUCUGUCGUUUAAAAUUCUACAUCCUUAUAAUCAAUAAAUUAAUUUCCUAAUGGA